AUGGACGAUUGUGUCCAGAAUUGGUUCAAUCCGUUUAAAUGGCUGGUGAUCAGUUAUAGGUCUUGGUGGGAAGAUCUGGAAAUCGGGAAAGUGGAAGCCUUGGUUACAGGUCCUAAUGUUAGGAGAAACAGCCUCCGCGGAGGCAGAAGCCCUUGGGGCCCCGCCCCCAAUAAGCACGCCCCUGCCCUCUCAUUGGCCCUGUCCGCUUUCACUGACAGUCCAUCUACGAGCCGAGCGGCCCGAUGCAACUCCACCCCGCCCACUCCUCGGCGCACCGCACCGCGACCGAGCUCCGCCCUCAUCUGCGCGGCCCCUCACCUUCCCGCCGGGCCUCCUCGAGGAACUGGCCGCCGGCAGUCAGAGCGUAGACGGCCGCAGAAGCGCGCCGCCGACACUCGCCGAGCCAGCCAGUUCCCCACAGAGAAGAGGGAUCUCUCCCGCCACCUCAGCCUCUCUGGUGGUGGAAGAAGCCGCCAGUUCAAAGCCCUCCUGCCUGUAGCACAGCUGUUUCUCUGGCAACCAGAUGCGCGACGCUUCCGGUCUCGCGAUAGGGGAAAGGGCUGUACCAUCCGGAAAUGGGACGGGGGCCGGCUGCUGCUGGAGGCCCGCGAGCUGGACUGCCCGGCUGUGUCCCUCCGUCUUCGCGGCCGACCGUGGGGGUGGGAAGCGAUUUGUUCGUCUUUAGGUUGGAUUCCGAACGGGGACGUCUGGAUGCUUGUGUAUCUCUGUCCCUCAGGUUGCUGUGAUGCCUUACAGGUCAGCUAUUCUCUCCGAGCAGUUUCCCCCUCCGUAAAAUGGGAACAAUAAUAAUUCUCUUCUCACAAGACUUGUGCAGCUCAAAAAGACCAUGUAUGUGAAGCUCUAGUAAAUUUGGGGUGCUAUGGAAAUUUUUAAAAUAUUCGUUUUGCACAGAUUUGGCUACACUCCAAAAAGUUAUAAUUGCUUGUUGCACCUUCUUUCAUUUCGCAGUUCCUCUAAUUCUCAGUGCACGAAAAUUAUUUCCCUAAGUCCACACACGGAUUUUCCUCACCUCCAGUGCCAUCAGAUUUCUCCUGCUUCCCAGCACGUUACUGUUUACAGAGCAUUUUCACAUUCAUGGCUCCUUUGUCCUCAUUGUUUUAACUAGAUAAGAUGUGGUUUUUUUCAGCGAAGCAAAUAGUCACAGGUUGAGUUGCCAAAAGAACACAGCUGCGGUCUCGGCCAGUGCUGGAUAUUAAAAACCUGGCUGUAAAUGUCAUCCCUAUGCUCCUGAAUCCUGCAUCUUAUCACCAGCCCAGACUUCCCUGAACUCCAGACUCCUUUACCUAACUGCCUAUUUGACCUAUCCACUUAGAUGUGUAAACAUCUCAAACUUAACAACUUCUCCAGAGUCCCCCACCCACUCUAUCCGUCUCAGCAAAUGGUAAUUUCAUCCUGUCAUGCCUAAACCAAAAACCUUGGAGUUGUCCUCAAUUCCUCUUCCUCUCACACUUCACAAUCCAUUCGUCCUAUCAGCCCAGCAUUCAGAAUAUAUCCAGAAUCCAAACACUCGUCACAAGUUCAGUGCUUCCAUUCAGGUCCAUAGAGACAUCAUCUCUAAAUGAUAAGGCUUUCUGUUGGCUCUCUGACCUCCACUCCUACCUACUGCUUCCCCCGGUAAACCUGGUUCCAGCCUCACUGUCCUCAUUGUUAGUGUUUCUGUGCAGGGAUUUCUUCCCAGCAUUUCUCCGGGAAUUUAUGUGGCUUUCCAAAUCUCAAAAGAAAAAAAGGUGCAAAAUGAAGAAAAUAGGAGAAAGUAUCCUAAUUCUCCUGUGAGAAUUCAAACUUAGCAGCCAACCUAGGGAUGUUACUGAAGAAAUUCACCAAUGUCAAGUUGAAAACCAGCCCAGGAAAUGCCGAGUUCGAGGCUGAGGUCGUCAUUUUCAGGAACCAGGACAAGAGCACUUGGGAGAGACAUGGCUACAGUCUCAUCAGUCAGUCUUGCUUGUAGUUGGUGCUAUGUAAGUAUAUGUUCCUGGCCCUGUGUGCUGCUGGCAGUGAGUCAUUCUUGCAAAUAAAAUAUAAAUAGGUUGAUACUCAUUGUAUACUUUAUACAAAUUCUAUGAGCAGUGUUCAAAAAAGUAACAAGUUUUGGAUUCAAAGUAAAUCCUUAAAUUGGCAGUUUCCAAUCCAUGAGUCUGGGUAGUACAGUUAACCCUGCUAGGAGAUCUAUUAUUUGAAUACUACUCAGUAAUGUUCUCUGUGUUCUCCAGUAUUUGAAUAUUUGCUAUAAACUCCAGUUCUUGUAAACACUUCUAGAUUUAAUAGUUCUCAUUUUUUAAACAAAGGCUUCAGAUACUCAUAAUAAUGAGUAAAGAAUAUGAAGAAGGUAGGGAAUAUUUUGAGAAUCAGAUUUUGAGAACAGCUGGUAAUUCUGAUUGCCUGUUUCUGCAUCCCACAGAGCAGUAUCUGUCAGGAAUUUGGUAACACUUGUUCCUCCAAUCCAAAUAACCACACACAUACACCUACACACACGCCAGCCUGAAAUACAGUUUCCCAGCUAUCCACGUGGUUUGCUCCUCUCUUUGCACAGGCAUCUGCUUCCUCAGGAAGGGCUUUCCCAACCACCCUAUAUAAAAUAAUUAUCCCCAUCUCCACACUCCCUACGCUCUGUCCCCUCGACCCUGCUUUAUUUUUUUACGAAGAAGAGAGACGACAUUAUUUGGAUUUUGAUACUAAACAGUUAGGUCAUCUUAGGUAAAUACAUAAGCUUUUGUGGGCCAGCGUUUCUUCGUUUGAAAAAUGAAGUUGGACUAGUUAUGUAGUGCUUAACUGCACUGCACAUUACAAUCACCUGGGGAGAUUUCAUCAAAUAUAGAACCAGGGAUGUACCUGAGAUCAAAUGAAUCUAGGACUUCUCAACUUUAAUGUGCAGACAAAUCACCGAGGAAUCUUGUUUAAAAUGCUGCUUCAAAAAAAAAAAAAAAAAAAAAUGCUGAUUCAGUAUCAGGUGAGACCAGAGACUAACAGGCUCCUAAAUGAUGCCAGUGCUCCGAGCCCACCAACCACUGUUUACUGAGGGGCAAGAUGAGAUCAUUGCCAAGUGCCUGCACAAUUCUCAUACGCCAUAAACUUAGGCCAUUCUGUCCGGUUUUUCAUUUGGUGACUAAUAGUGUCCACUAAGAAAACAAUACCUUCCCAAUUUCUUGCGGAGGGGAAGGUUAACUGAGAAAAAGCAUACCUGUGAUUAGUGCACAUGAUUACUGCUGUUUUCUUUUUUUAACUGUUGCUUUUAAAAUACAGGCAACAGAAGAUGCAUAUAAAGCCAGUGAAAAUAAAAUUCAGGUUCCAUGUAAA